AUGAUUCUACGCAAUACUUAUUCGAGGUUAUCACGUAACUGUUUUGUCCCUAUUCGUAGAAUCACACAGUCUUUAACCCUUGGAAAUGACACAUCCAAGAAGAACACAGUUCCUCCACAUGAGAAUGGAUUAUACUUUGGAAAAUUCACCAAAGAAGAAUACGAAGAAGCUAAAAAAGCAAUAGAAGAACAAAUAUCAAAAUUAGAGGGCCAGAUUAAAGGUGAUUAUAAUAUUCGUGAAAAUAUAGGUAAGAUUGCCCAAUUCCCAGAACCUAGCGAUAAAUCUUCUUCACCAAAAAAAAUAAAUAAUUUGACUGAUUUAUUCCAACAAACUAUAAAAUUAACUGGCCCCUUACCAUUAAGUGCUUAUAUGAGACAAUGUCUUACACAUCCUGAAUUUGGAUAUUAUACUACGAGAAAUCCCUUGAGUUUAAGAACAGGAGAUUUUAUCACUUCACCGGAAAUUUCAUCUGUAUUUGGGGAAAUGAUUGGAAUAUGGUAUUUCAGUAUCUGGCAACAACAAAAUUAUCCAAAACAUAUAAGAUUCGUUGAAUUUGGUCCAGGUAAAGGUACUUUGAUAUUCGACGUAUUGAAAACCUUCAACAAAUUUGUGGAAAAAUUAUCCAAAGAAAAACCAACCAUUGAAAUUUCAUUGAUUGAAGCUUCGAAAGUCUUGCGUAAAGAACAAUGGAAAUUGAUGUGUGAUCCAGAACAACCUUUUGAAACAACCGAAGAAGGUUAUAACAGAUCAGUGACGAAAUGGGGGAAUGAAAUUAGUUGGUUGGAUACUGAAAAGGAUAUUAAACAUGACAAUGAAAUUGCCAACUUUAUAAUUGCUCAUGAAUUCUUUGAUGCUUUGCCUAUUAAAGGAUUUAUUCGUGAGGAGAAAGGUUGGAGAGAAUUAAUGGUUGAACACACUCCAAGUGUGAACAAUACUCAACUUAAGUUAGAGUCCAAAGAAACCCCACAAGAAGAGGACGAAUCGUUGAAUACUGAAUUCCAUUUAACCAUAGCUCCUAAAGAAACCCCAUCAUCAAUGAUACCUCAAAUAAGUAAGCGUUAUCGUGACUUACCUGUUGGAACACGAAUUGAGAUAUGUCCUGAUGCAGAAUUAUACAUUAUGAAAAUGGUUCAAUUAUUGAAUAAUUCUAACAAGGGUGCGAUUUUAGUCAUAGAUUAUGGUACUGCAAAUGAAAUACCUUCAAAUUCAUUAAGAGGGAUUCACCAACACAAGUUUGUCUCACCCUUCUGGAACCCAGGGGAAGUGGAUUUAUCAAUUGAUGUUGAUUUUGAAAAUCUCAAGUUGUUGACAAACGAUAUUGUUGAAAGUUUUGGACCAACUUCACAAGGAGACUGGUUGCAUAAUAUUGGUAUUGGUUAUAGAGUCGACCAGUUGAUCAAGAUGAAUAAUGAAGCUCCACAUGUUCAAGAUAAGAUUUAUGGGGCAUAUAGAAGAUUGACAGAUAAGGACCAAAUGGGUAAUAUUUAUAAGUUUUUAGCUCUCUUACCAAAGGGAUCAUCAGCUCCUCCUGGUUUCUAG